GUGUGAGAGAGUGUGUGUGUUGUGCCAAGGUGUGGUGCCUCAGAGCUCAGUACGCCGCCAGCACCGGUCGUGUAGGGAUGCGAGGCUCUCCCACGCGACUCACUGACUAACUGAGCUCACACACACACAUGCACUCGUAUCGUGUGUACCACUUGACUGCCGCUCCUCCCCGCGCCGCGCCGUUCCUGGGAGAGUCACGAAGUUGGAAGUGUUGGUUUUACUGCAAUACUUUCCCCGCCGCCAGUCCCUUGGUAGAGUUCGCGCUGUUGUUGAACUCUCACCUGAGCAUAAAGAACACUCAAGAGCCGGGCCCAGCGUCCACGAGCAACAGGUUGUGAGUGUUGUUCCCCAGAGCCUCCACGACGACCCCCCCCCCGGAACUUUACACGCACGAGCAGCAAGGCGAAGCAGGCACGAUGGAGGGGCCCGUGAGGACCGCCGAGUGCCCGGCAUCAUGAGCGCCAUCCCGCUGCUGCUACAGUGCCCACAGACGCCCACCUCCCCGUCGCCCAUCCACCCGCCCCUGCCCCGCCGCGCCUCGCACGGCGCCAAACUCAACAACCGAAACUCCUUCCCGCCGGACCAGAGUCAAGAAUCACGCUGGGCAACACUCCUUGCCCGCGCCACCCCGGCCCGCCCCUACGGCGCCUGUACCCCCGCGGCGCCCCCGCCUGAGCCCGCACCACCCCCUCCCCUCACCCCCGCCCCCACACCCGGCCCCGCCCCCGCCCCCGCCCUUGCUCUCACCCCUACCUCAGUCCCAGCCCCCGCCAAGACCCAGACCCUCUUCAACCAGCAGCAAGUGUCUCCUGCCGCCCCCCACCCGGCGCCACCUGCCCUAAGGCCGUCGCCCACAGGUGCCCAGCAGCCCCCCGCGGCGCCGCCCCAGCAGUCCCGGUCGUUCUCGUCGCGGCCGCUGGUGCCCACUGUGUCAUUCAACCGGGCGCUCACGUCGCCCACGGCCAUCAAGCUCUUCAACCCGUCCCGCCGCCUCAACAAGACACAGUCGCAGCUCAUCAUGCCGCGCAUGAAGUCCCUCUUCCGGACGGGGCAGGGCUCCCGAUCCAAGGACAAGAAGGCCUCCCGCCAGGGCUCCAUGAAAAGCCUCUCCAACUACAACGAGGCGGCGUCGCCGGAGCCUCUCAUCCGCAAGAGCCACACCGUGCUGGCGCUCUCCUCCACCCCGGGCGCGGGAGCCCAGACCAAGCUGGUCAAGGAGGGCAAGAGCAGCAAGCUGGACUUCUUCAGGCGCAUGUCGUCCUCCAAGUCCGCCGUGUUCAACACCACCAAGUUCAACAUGCCCAGGUCGCCCUCCACCGUGACGGACCUGCGGCGGCUCAGGAAGGACUCGAGCAUGCUGUUCACGCAGGCCGAGCACGAGGGGGAGGGCGGCGGCGGCUGUUCCCGCUGCGCCUCCCUGGCCUCCGUCUCCUCCAAGAACUACUUGGGCAUGGCGCAGGACACGGUCUUCUGCAAACUCUGCCUCUCGGACGUGUCCAUCAGGGAAAUGUACCAACUGCAGCAGUGCCUCUGCCGAUUCUGCAAAUAUUGCAUGGCUGUGUAUGUGGCGCUCAAGAUCCGCGAGGGAGACGACGUGAUCGAGUGUCCGGACGCCAACUGUGACUGCAGCGGCGAGCUGACCCUGGAGGAGAUGGAGAGCCUGGUGGGCAGCGAGCUGUACCAGCUGCACCUCAAGUUUAGGAAGAACAGAGAGGUGGACAUGGACCCCAUGAGAGUGUGGUGCCCCAUGGCCGGCUGCGAGACCGUGGUGAGCCUGCCCGUGUCCAAGCAUGAGGGCCCCCAGUGCACCACGUGUCCCACCUGCACCACCGUCUUCUGCGCCUCCUGCAGCGAGUCCUACCACCCCAGUCAGCCCUGCCACGCGGACACUGCGGAAAACAUGGCAGUGCCCCUCGACGACACGAUAAAGAGGUGUCCGUCGUGCAGGGUCCUGAUUGAGCGUGACGCCGGCUGUGCCCAGAUGCUGUGCAAGAAGUGCAAACACGUCUUCUGCUGGUACUGCUUAACCUCCCUCGACGACGACUUCCUCCUGCGUCACUACGACAAGGGGCCCUGCAAGAACAAGCUGGGCCACAGUCGCGCCUCCGUCCUGUGGCACCGCGCGCAGGUCAUCGGCAUUUUCGCAGGGUUCGGCCUCUUGCUAGUGGUGGCCUCCCCCCUACUGCUGUUCGUCGGCCCCUGCUUACUCUGCUGCAAGUGCAAGCCCUGUUCCAAGCACGAGAUGGAGGACGACAGUUUAUACGGCAUCUGAGAGGAGGCCGACGAUAGUAGCAGCAGUAGUAGCAGCAGCAGCAACAGCAGUGUAUGAAACCAAAGAUAGUUCGUUGGCUUUGUGGAAGAGGCCAGUGGACUAAGUUCUGUGGUGGCCGGGGUGCCCUGUGGCGCGUGGCGGCGGCCCUGAGGAACGCCAGUGGGAAGGAGUCUGUUGUGUCUGUGCGGGGAAGUGUCUGCCGUCUUUCAAGUGUCCAAACCAAAUCAAUAAUCAAAUGCACGAGUUAAGAAAAUGCAUCCACGAUAGCAUACCACGUAGACAAGAGCAGCGAGGAGUCUGUUACUACACACGGCAUUGUAUAUAUCUCACUACGGUUCCGCUUUUUUAUUUAGCCUCUUGUUAUACUAGCGGUGAAUGGACACUUCUUGCAUGUCUGGAUGGCAGUGAACUGAAUGCGAAUGCGCGCUACGGGUGAUCUUCCCUCGCAAGGCAUCAAAAGUGUUCUCAGCGGUGGUGGUGGUGGUGAAGAAGACUUGUCGUUCACCUCCUAGGUCUGAGUGGACGGAGCGUUUUGGAAAUGAACAAUAACGACCAAGAACGAAAAAAAGUCAAGGCAGAUAUUUGCUUCAUUGCCAGUGACCAUCGUUCAGGACCGUAAAGGAGUGCUCGGAGUCCGCCAUAAGGUCAAGAAUGAUUAAGUGAAGCCUCGAAUGGACCUAAUGAAACUUCGAGCAGCGUUCAGGCGGGUACUUCGCAUCCCGGAGGUGAAGCUUUCUAAGGAGAGGAAGUAGGAUCUUUGUGUGAUCCUACUCUGGGUGGCUGCCUUACAUCCUGCAGCGUGGGAUGGGCAGAAGGGGGCAAACCAGCACCCUUUAUCACCCCAAAUCAAUACUGGAGGAGUAGCUUCAUAGAUAAAGUAGAACGACCUUUAUGAAGUCUUUGAUGGAGUGUCUGUCUGCUGUCCUACAUUAAGGGAAAGGGGGAUUGGGGUUAAGGGGUAGUCUGUCGCCUUUACCCGCCCCUUCACCCUUCAGACAGCCUCCCAUCAGCCACGAGACGCAGCCCCUCACCCCAUCUUCGCAUCGCCCGGCCGUCGCUGCCUGCCGUGAGGGGAAUCAAGCAAUGUCUCGCACAAUUCUCUUCCCGCGGCAUAUCAGCUUCUGUACAUCAGCUUCUGUGUGUGUUCUAUCGAUCUGUCUAUCUCACGGUACUACAGAAAGGCCCCGCGCACCUCUAUGCUACUGUUCCUUCAGACUCGCUCAUCUGUAUUAUGAUUAUGAAUUAUUAUUAUUGUUGUUGUUAUAUUCCAGCGAACCCACAACACACACUCGCUCAUGUUACAUAUAUAUAUAUAUUUAUUUUCUUUCGUGUUCCUUUUUUGUACCACAUCUUGUCUGUAAUUAUUGUUUUCUUCAUGUGAGGAAUAGUGAUACUGAUGAUGAUGAUGAUGCAUACUGUUAUUGUGGUAGGAAGGGCUGUAUUAUUACCGUUACUCCUUCCUCUACUCCUCCUCCUCCUCCUCUUCUUCCUUCUUCCUCCUGAUCCCUAUACUUUUUUUAUAUUGAUGCACAAUAUAGUGAAAAGUAACUGUGAUGCUUUGUAGCCUAAACACGCCACACUUCUUGGGUAUAUCGAACACAAGAUUAUAAGUGUAGUGAUGUGUUGUUUGUUGACUAUAGUGUGCACUCCGCUGCCUUGGACGAGAGUUGCGUGGGAGUGCUGCGAGAGAGUGACGUGAGAGUGUGUGAAAGAAAAAAAUUCAUGAUAAUACACUCUUCUCAGACUAACGUGGCGAGUAAGCUCCUCCUAUUUCACCCAAUCAGUGUAUAUCAUUGGCCAGUUCACAAGCAAGCCACGCCCUUAUCUAUUCACAUUUAAGUAUGUAAGCCCCUCCCAUCUCCCCAUUAACAGCAUAUCAUUGGCCAGUUCACAGGCAAGCCACAUCCUUCUGUUCACAUCAACGUGGUAAAUAGGCCCCUCCCCCUUCUCCGUUCAGUGUACACCAUUGGCCAGUCCACAGGAAGCCACACCCACAUUACUUAGGCUAUUUUAUCGUUUCCCAAUCCACAAACUUCCCACCUCUCCACACCUCAAGUUGUUUAUGAGUGGUGGGUGCUGGGAGAGGUUAAAUCCUAUUCGUGGUUGCUCGAGUGAAGUGGGCGGAGCUUAUAUACGGUGUUAGUCUGAACGAGUAAACCAGUGUGCUGAAAGAGGGCAAAUUAGUAUGUAGAGUGAACGAAAUGGUGCGUGAACGAUGGAUUAGAAUGGCAGUACGUUUAGAAAGGGGGGAUUUGAGUAUGUUGUAAGGAAAGAUGUGUUAGUGGGGAAAGAAAUCUGUUGAGGGGAAGUUAAUGAAUCAGGGAGGAAUUGAUCAUGCCAGAGGGUGAUAGACGUGUGUUAGGGGAGGCGUAGGAAAGUUCGGUGUGUGAGAACCAAAGAUUAAUAAUGUACAUGUGCGUGUAUGUUGCGUGGUAGUGAUAGUGUGUGUGUGUGUGUGUGUGUGUGUGUGUGUGUGUGUGUGCAUUCAAACAUACAUUCUUCAGGUGUCUGUGCGGUGAAUGAGGUGAAGCGACUCAGUAUAAUCAGGAAUACAUAAUAACCAUAUCUAUAUUUUUUAUGAAGCCUAUUGAUACGGAAUAAUUAGUCUAAGUUCGCGAAAAAAUCUCCUCAAAAAUAAUAAAUAGAACUAUAUCAUUAUGCACAUGCAAAAAAUACUUUGGAUAAUAUGUUCAUGAAGGAAAUACAUAAAAAUGUUGUCCAAAUGCGA